AUGCCACUUGUAAAGCCGAUCCUGAAGAUAGCAGCCGAGGAGUGGGUUCCAUGGACCAAGAUAGACGUUCAAAAGAACGGGAGAGUCAAGAUCAAAGGACCCAUGUCUGAACUUCUAGAGAUCUUCGCUGACAAAAUGAACUUCAGCUAUGAGUUGGUUCGUCCCUCAGACCUGAUGUGGGGAGGACCUCAGACAGAUGGAUCUUGGACCGGAAUGCUAGGGAUGCUGCAGAGGCUGGAGGUCGAGUUCGCUAUCGGCCCCUUCGGUGUAACAGAUCUUCGGGAGACUGUGUGUGAUUUCAGUGAACCAGUCCACAGCGAGAACAACGCUAUUCUUAUGGUUCGUCCCACCCUGCAGAACGAUGUCUCCGGCUUCCUUAAACCCUUCGCUUUUGAGGUAUGGCUGUUAAUGCUCUUGAGUCUCGUGAGCGUGGUUGGUGCCGUGACACUCCUUACCGACAACACCCUCGCGGAGGAUAAGAUCUACAGCUUCGACUCCCGAAACACUCUCGUUAAGGCGGCCAUGUGGAGUCUUAAGGCUCUUACGCAAGAAAGCUCAGUAUGGCUGCCCAAGAGUCGCCUGAUAGUGAUCACUUGGCUCCUGGUAUCCUAUGUAUUCGCUUCCUCCUACAGCGGGAUCCUGACGGCCAUGCUAACGGUACCUCAGGUUUCUAUCCCCAUAGACUCUCUGGCUGACCUGGUGGCCCAGUCUCACCUGCCUUGGCGCCUUGAAACUGGCUCUAUGAUGUUUCAGUACUUCAAGGAGUCUAACGACGAGGUGUUGUUGAAGGUGUUCAGGGGAGUGUCGGGCACCUUUCCUGACUGCUGGGCUGCGAGGGAAGACGUCGCUAAUGGAAAGUUCGCUGCCAUCUGCGACAAAACAACUAUGAAGAAAGCAAUGUCAUGGGAUUUCAGCACGAGCGGAAAGUGUCACUUGUACAUCUCCAAAGAGAAAGUCUACAGCAAUGCUCUAAUCGCCAUGGCAUUCAAGAUCAACUCCACCUACCUUGCUCCUGCAAACCACAUCAUCUCCUUGAUGAAGGAGUCUGGCAUCCUGUAUAAGUGGCUGGGAGACCAGAUCACAAACACCAGCCAGUGUCUUCGUCCACCGACCUCAGAUCGCGGGGAGGGCAUCGCUCCUCUCAACAUCGAAGUCGUCGAAGGUCCCUUCCUCUUGCUAGCAGGAGGACUGACUGUGAGUCUUAUAGCCUUCCUUAGUGAGCUCACUGUGUGGUAUUCGUGUGGUGGUAACCACAAGAGUCCAAGGAAUGCUUAG